GCCUAAAAGAGCAGACAGAUAACAAGUCCUUCCCGCCCCUGGCCCCAGAGAGGGAGGGGUUUCCUGGCAGGAAACUGACCUCCUCUAACCCCCCCUCCUCAGAUCCAAGCUCUCAGCAGUCCCGGCUGAAGUGGCCUCAGGACAGGACAGCAGAGGGACAGGGGGACCCCAACAAGGAGGUCCCCACCUGUCAAAAUGCCCAUCCUGAAGAACCUAGGGGUGGCAGACUCUAAGGUGCCCCGGGCGGGGACUCUGCCCCUGAGGUCCUCUCGGAACCCCUUUGAGGAAGUCUCAGGGCUGGAAGAAGAAGAGACCGGAGAGCUGGGGACCCUGCCCAACGGAACAUCAUGUCGCCGCCGCGCCACCCUGGAGAAGCUGGCAGGCCUGGCCCCCUUCCGGCUGGGUAGAAGCCCCGGCUGGCGAGUGGGCAGCCCUGGGGAUGGGCAGCCUCGCUCUUUCCUGGGCCGGGUGCUGACACCGGGGAUGCGUAGGAGCUCAGCGGAUUUCGGCCUCCUGGCCAGGCUUCAGGGGACCCGAGCCCAGGGCAACGAGGAGGCGGCUGGGGAGGCUGCACGGAGACUGGCCUUCCUGAGACUGGGGCGCGGGCCCAAGCCCCGGCGUGCAUCGCUGGCUGAGAGGGUGGUGCCUGCGGGCGAGGCAGCUCCCGAGCCCCCGCCCAAGGUCCCGGAGCCCCCAAAGAUGAAGGAGCCAUUGUCAGUGCUGGAGAUCCUGGGCUUGAUCCAGCAGCGCGAGCUCGCCCGCGCCGACGAGCACAUCUUGGAGCUGGAGGCCGAAGAGCUGGCGUCGUCGGGGGGCGGCGCACCCGUGCCACCCAAAACCGAAGGCGCGGGCAGCCCCUCAGGCGGGGGCCGCCGGGCGCGGGACGUGGCUCUGCUGUACGAGGCCCUGCAGCGCGAGCUGUGGGCGCUGGUGCGCGAGACGCUGGCGGGCCCCGGGCCGGGCGCGGGCGCCGGGCCGGGCGCCGUGGCGCAGCUGGGCCAGGUGCUGGUGCAGGAGGAGGCGGCCGACGGGCGCCGGGGACCCGAGGCGGCCCGCAAGCUGCGCGCCCGCUGGGCCGAGGCGGUGGCACGCGCCGCCCGGGAGCGCCUGGAGGCGGCCGCGCCAGGGGCGCCCGGAGGCCUGGCGGGGCAGCUGGAGGCGCUGCGGGGGCGGCUGCUGGAGGAUAUGGGCGUAGUGCGGGGCCGCCUGGCGCCCUCCUACCCCGCCGGCCUGGGCGCCUUUGGCGUCUACCUGCGCGGCUACCACGGCGCGCUGGCCGAGUGGAUCGGAGCCGCCGCCCGCCGAAGGCUCCCGCUGACCGACCGCUACGCGCUGCUGCACUGGCACAACCAGGUGUACCCCAGAGAGGUCCUAGGUCUGGUGGACAUGGUCGCCCUGGAGAAUGGGGAGCUGGGGCCCCUUCUGUCCCCUGGCACCCUUCGUGGCUUGGAGGAUGAAUGUGUCACAGACGUUAAGGCUCAGACGAGGGCAGCCCUCCUUCGAGUGCUGCAGGAGGAUGAGGAGCACUGGGGAAGCACGGAGGACUGGUCCAGCAGCCUGGCACAGGAUGUGUGUGAGCUGCUGGAAGAGCACACCGAGCGAGCGCCCCGCAUCAGCCAGGAGUUUGGGGAGCGGAUGGCCCACUGCUGCCUGGGGGGGCUGGCAGAGUUCCUGCAGAGCUUCCAGCAGCGUGUGGAACGAUUCCAUGAGAACCCAGGCGUCCGGGAGCUGCCGCCUGACACCUAUAUCAGCAGGACCAUCUCCCUGGUCAAUUGCGGGCCCCCCCUGAGGGCCCUGGCGGAGCGCCUGGCCCGGGUAGGGCCCCCCGAAAGUGAGCCGGCCCGAGAAGCAGCUGCCAGCGCUCUGGACCGUGUGACCCGGCACUGCCACCAAGUCCUGACCGACUUGCUGUUCCAGGAGCUGCAGCCGCACUUCAACAAGCUGAUGCGCAGGAAGUGGCUGAACAGUUCGGAGGCCCUGGACGGCAUCGUGGGCGCGCUGGGCGCUAAGGCCCUGGCCCUGCGCAGGAUGCAGGACGAACCUUACCAGGCGCUGGUGGCCGAGCUGCACCGGCGGGCUCUGGUCGAGUAUGUGCGGCCCCUGUUUCGCGGGCGCCUGCGCUGUGGCUCCGCGCGGACCCGCAGUCGCGUGACCGGGAGGCUCCGGGAGGACGCGGCGCAGCUGCAGAGGCUGUUCCGACGCCUGGAGUCCCAGGCCUCGUGGCUGGACGCCGUGGUGCCCCGUUUGGCCGAAGUUCUGCACCUGGAAGACACGCCCAGCAUCCAGAUGGAGGUGGGGAUGCUGGUGCGGGAUUACCCAGACAUCAGGCUCGCAAACAAACAAGCAGUCACAGGAAGCCCGGGGCAGGGGGGUCGCAGGGCCGCCCGGCGGCAGGAAGGGCCGGCCCAGCAGGGGGAGCCGCGGGGGACACGGGGACACGCACGGGCACACGGGCGCACACGCACUGGGACAGUGGCAGGCGCGAUUCAGCUGCUGAUGGACCAUGAACUUUCUCUGCAGUUCUCGCUGAGCCCCAGCGCCCUCCUCUGGUCCAUGGGGACCGUAUUACUCUUUUCAUAGGAUUAUUAAAGAACCAUCCUUGUCAAUUUCUAUAGCAUCACCGUGGUGACAGCAGAAACAAUACCAAUUCUUGCUUAUUGAGGCCUUACCUCAGCAUCCUAUACACCCACUCUAUAAGUAAGAGGUAUUCUAAGAGGUUUUUUAGAAUAAAAGCUCUUUUAGAACAUAUUCGUAAUUAAAAGGCAGCACCACUCUAAGGACUUAGCACCAAUGGAAGGCAGGCAGAAAUCCCAUAGCUUAUCCAAAAUGUCACAGUUAGUAAGCAGCAAAGCUGGGACUUGAACCCCGGCAGCAGGCUCUAAAGCUGGUACACCUGACCACCACACAGCGCUGCCACUUGCUCAUGGCUGGUGGCAUUGGUGACAGUCCUACAGUGCUAGUCAGGCAGACAGACACUCAUCUCCAGAGAGACAAACCCGCACAGGACCUGGGAGUGAGGCAUCAGCUGUGGGCGUAGGUUGAGGGCUUGGGGCUGAAGGUGAAGAUUUUGGAACUGAUUCAGGAUGGAUGGUGCUGGUUCUGAGGUGUGGGGCUCCUGUCCUUGGGAAGACACAGAACUCUGGAGUCCCCCGGGGGCCGGGUCUCCACAUUCCUGCUGGAAUGGGGUUUCUGAACUUGAACCUGAAGCUCCAUUUGAAAGGUCCCAAACUGGGAGGAGGGGUUCCAAAGCGGAGUUUGGGGGCUGUGUUUUGGGGCUCAGUUGAGCUGCAAGGUUCUUGAGCCCCAUUCUGGAUGAAUGCUUUGGACCUGUAGAGAUUUUAAAGCUGGGAUAUAGGAAGGUGAAGACCCUGAGCUGGGUUGAACAAGAUGGUAAAGACCCUAGAACUCUGAAAUGAAAGUUCUGGAAAUGAAGGUUGGAUUCAGGAUCUUGGGUUGACACAUGAUGUUGACUCUGGAGUUGAGUUUGGGCUCUGUGAUCUGGAGCUGAGAUUGGGGUGAAUUCACAAUGGCGAAUCCAUUGCGUUGGAUUCGGGGGGAAGAACAGAGUUAGUUUUGAGCACAAAGUUUCUGGUGAGAGCGAAGGCCCCCAAGGUUAAUUUUAGGUUCCAGAGUACAGUUUUGGUGGAGAACAAUUCCAGGAAUGGGUUAGAGGUGAGGUGAGUGUUCCAAGGUCCAAGCUGGAGGAGGGCCCUGGAACUACAAGUGCUGGAGAAGGUUCUAUACCUGCCUCCAGGCCAGGUUCGGGUUAGGAUGGGGAUGCAGGUGAGCACUUCCGGGCUAGAUUUGCGUGAUGAUGUGGGGCCAUUUGAGAUGCAAGUGAAGUUAAGGGUGCUGGCGAGUCCAGAGCUUAAACAGGCGGACGGGUACCAGACUGGAAAUGCAGGAGCUGCCUGAGCUAAGUUGGGGGUGAAGAUGGAAGGUUAGUUUUGAUCAGAAGCUGAGAUGGGGUGAAAAGGAAGGUUCUUGUGUUGGGUUCGGAGGAGAGCGUUCUGGAAUCCUACGAGGAGGAGGAUUUGGAAAUGGUUG